CCAGUGCGCCACGUGGGAACACCGGAGCCCCGCGCGCACACAGCACCCUGCCACGGCUCCCCUCUGCAGCUGCUUUCGCUCUGAUACUGGAAGCGAUUCGUGUCGCGCCGAUAGCGCAGCGCCGAGGGCUGAUCGAGCGACAGGGACAGAGACUCGGCUUCACAAGAUGGACAAUAUGGGGUAACGUCUGACUGGGAGAAUGGCCACCAUGACAGACGAUGCCGUCGGCAGCUCGCAGUCUUCCUUCAAGGCUGUGACCCUGAGGGUGGUUGACCUGCCUCUCUCAGUCUAUCACACCAUUUCCCAGGUGCGACUCAGCGCCGGCACCAAGAAGCUCCUGGCCAUCGGUGCUUUCAGCGCCGUCUCCCUCCUCUUCCUCGCACGUCAUUUACGGAGGAGGAAGCCGAAGAAUAAGGUCCAGUCGCCAUGGGAGCAGAGACACUUCGAUUUCCUCACCACGGAGCCACCGGAGAAAGAAUCGAGCCGAGCCAGCAGCCGGCAGAACCUCAGCCUCUCUCUCAACUCCAGAAGCUGCCAGUCCUACAGUCACGCCCUUCCUAGCGGCAGUCUGUACAGCAAGCUCUCCGGCUCCCUCCAGAGUCUGACCUCGGUGAAGAGUGCCAACUCCUCUAGUAGCUGCGCUUGUGUCAACAGCUCCAGCGUCUGGGACAAGGGCUGCGAGGACAGCGACGCGUGUAACAUCGUCAACAUCCCCGUCACUACUCCCGAGAACCUGUACCUGAUGGGCAUGGAGCUGUUUGAGGAGGCCCUGAGGCGCUGGGAGCAAGCGCUCACCUUCCGCAGCCGGCAGGCGGAGGACGAGGCCGGCUGUGGCUCCGUGAAGCUGGGGGCGGGAGACGCCAUCGCCGAGGAGAGCGUGGAGGACAUCAUCAGCGCCGAGUUCAUUCACAAGCUGGAGGCGCUGCUGCAGAGAGCAUAUCGGCUGCAGGAGGAGUUCGAGGCCACGCUGGGAAUGUCGGACUCGACUUCGCUCGCCAACGAUAUCGACAAGGACACGGACGUCACGGUGUGCGAGGACUCGGACGAACUGGGCCUGCGUGACACGAUGAGUGUCACCUCCACGGACUCGUUCGUGUCGGCCGCCGAGCUGUCGGAGCACCGUGACCUCAGGAAUGCGUACACCCUGGGCUCCCUCUGCCAUUACUCCCUGUACGAGGAGGCCCUCCGGCUGGCCGAGGAGGGCAAGGUCUCCUGCAGGGUGCUGAGGACGGAGAUUCUCGAAUGCCUGGGAGACAUCGACUUCCUGGCCAAGCUGCACUGCGUACGGCAGGCCUGUCAGGUCAUUCUGUGUGACCGUGCGACCAGAGCCUUCCUGACUGACGCCGGGAAGAAGAUUUUGUCCUCCAUCAUUAUCAAAGCACACAAGAGCCCGAAGAGAUUUGAGGAGGUUUUUGAGGAGAUGAUGAACUUCCUGGAGCAAACUAACCACUGGGAGAACACCGAGGUGGAACUGGCCACGAGGGGGGUGAAGCAUCUGAACUUCUAUGACAUAGUACUGGACUUCAUUCUCAUGGACUCCUUCGAAGACCUAGAGAAUCCACCCAUUUCCAUCCAGAACGUUGUCAACAACCGCUGGCUUCACGUUUCCUUCAAAGAGACGGCCGUGGCCUCGAGUUGCUGGUCUGUCCUGAAACAGAAGAGGCAGCACAUAAAGGUUCCGGACGGGUUCGUCGCCCAUUUCUACGCCAUCUGCGAGCACAUCAGCCCCGUUCUGGCCUGGGGUUUCCUCGGCCCUAAAAGCCCCCUUCAUGACUUGUGCUGCUUCUUCAAGGAGCAGGUGCUGUUCUUCUUGAAGGACAUCUUUGACCUGGAGAAGGUGCGGUACUCCAGCCUGGAAAGCCUCUCAGAAGACGUCCUGCAGCUUCUGCAGCGCCGCGCCGACCUGCUGCUGGCUUACCUCGGCGCCGACACACUACACCCCCCCAGCGGCUGCAUCACCACCCAGAGCCCCCUCUUGUCCAGUGCCCUUCUGGAAACCCGGGUGCAGUAGCACCCCCCCCCUCAAGGCACCAACCCCACAUUUUACUGAAGAACAUCCUCCCCCCUCCCAUACCUGCUUCAGCCGUCUCACUGUCUCCAGCCAAAUACGCUCAAGCUAUGAAGGAGUUGUGUGUUUGAUCAUCACCAUUGUUAAACUAGGUGAGACCUGUUGUAAAUAUAUGACAUGUGACGUCAUCACAUGACCUGCAGGAUAAUCUCCAUGGAGACGGCGGUCGCAAAUGAAAUUCACACUCGUCCAGUAGUAUCUGCGUUUUGUUUUAUUUUGAACUGUACUUGAAGCUCGUGUGGCCUGGUGUGUUUGUGCUUUCUGCCGAGUCGUCCCUCAAUGACCAUCGAGCCAAAACCCACGAUUCUGCUCCGCCCCGCGUGCAUCCCGCCCCCUGGCAGCCUCUGCCGUGCCUCACGCUGAAGUACCGCUCUGUGCUUUUUUACACCCAGCACUAGGCUACAGCUACAGACAGCCUAGAGACGCCCUGCGGAGCUGCGCGUCUGAAGGGCCUAGCGGAGGACACACCUGCUUAAGCCUGUCUGCCCCCCAGUGAGCGCUGGACAUGGACAGGUGCUUGAAUCUGACCUCUGCCCACCUCUAUCGCCCCAUACUUUGGUUUGCCACAAUUCUGUGGGAUCUCGCCCAGUGUCUUGUGCCAAGCCAAGUCCGGUUCAGUGCCGCCUCUGCCGGAUGGCGUGUUUGAGUCUCAAUGACUUGCCGCCGAGUCCUUAGCUUGGCGUAGCCGACCACACAGAAUGAACUCUGAGGUGGGGGGGGGGGGGGGGGGGGCAGUCAAAACAGGUGAAUGAGGGUUACUUAUUUUUAUAUGUAUAUAUGAAGUAGCUUUUCCUCUGGCAGAGCUCAGUACAGCCACUACUAUUUAUCUGUAUGCACACUACGUCAAUAAAGGGUUGUAAUCGG